AGAUUUUAAACCUGAUUACAUUUACACCUGGUGUCUCCAGUGUCCACAUUGAGAUCUGAUUGAGAUCCGAUUGCUGUGUCCAGCUGACGUCACAUCCUCCUCUUGUUUGCAUAGGUCCAAAAAACAAUAAACAACAAAAAGGAAAAAAGAAGAAGAAUAGAAGUAGAUGGUACCCAUCCGUGAAGCUGCGUAAUUGUGGUGUAUUAUGGAUAUUCGCCCACAUAGUUGUGUUACGUGGAUUGACAAAGCAAUUGCAUUCACGCUUGUGUUCAUUGUGGCCACAAUGUGUCCCUGACCACCUCCAGAGGUGGUUUGACCGAUCAGAUCACAAUCCGUCCUCAAAGCGUAUGCGUUUACACCAGUACUGUCAUGUGGUCAAGCACUAUCCAAUCGCGAUCCGAUCAUCCAAAAUGCAUUCCCACAUUCUCCUGGAUAGUUAGAAGGCAUCUGACUGGUUUUCCUUUUGCCUAUAUUUAGGUUUUGGGGGCACCUCACGCCCCGUUUUGGAUGGGUGGAAAUUGGACACCCCUCUCUGGUGGAGAGCAGCCACCAUUGAAAACCAGCUUAAGAGUGAUGAUUGUAUUCUAUGGUACGGGGGGCAUGGAGCCAGUCACGUGCUAAUGCUAACCUUUUGCUAUUUAAACCAAGGAGGCCAUGCUAGAAGAGCCUUGUCUAAAUUUAGAAUGUCUCUGUGUCAGAAUGUGAAUCACUACCCUUUUGACAACACCGUCAGCUAGCGCCACAAGCACUGGCCAUUGUCUUACUGAUUUAGGCUCAGUGAGUCAGACAGUCUGAAUCUUGUGUGGGUGAAUACUGACAGUUGAAUUUGGAUUUGAGUUGACCUCAGAGACUUGAGGGCACCAUGUUGACCAGCAUCACAGACGGCAUCCUGUGCUGUCUUACGGGCAAGACUGGCAGCAGCGUGGUCCUACCCGUGGAGUCUUCGGCCUGCACCGAUGGCUUUGAGUUUGUGGAGGUGAAGCCGGGGCGGGUGCUGCGCGUGCGCCACAUCAUCCCCGAGCGCCCGCCUAAACUGGACCCCGAGCAAAACCAGGACCAGAACUGUGAGCAUAACCAGGGGAAGGAUCAGGAGAAGGAGAAAGAGCCGAGGGGGGAGGACGGGGGAAGCACCGUCCACUGCAAGCGAAAAAUCACGGUGUACCGUAAUGGGCAGCUGGUGAUCGAGAACCUGGGCGAUGUGCUGCACUCGGAGAUCCUACAGUGCCAGAACGGAGAUGUGGAGCCGUGCACCACCCUGGAGGUGGAGCUGUCCGACUACAGCAGUGUCGCUGCUGCUGUGACCCCUGACCCCAAACCUGCCCCGCUGCCCCCUCCCGCGUCCAGCGGCAACGGCUUGGCUGCUGCCGGUCAACAGAAGCCCGCGCCUCCUCCUCGCAGGAAGAGGCGGAAGCCCAAGCGCACGGUGCUGAUCGACUCGGAGCGCAAGAUCUCCAGCUGCAAGGGCACGGAGGCGGAUGUGGCGCUGUUCUUUGUGCACGGCGUGGGCGGGUCGAUGGACAUCUGGGGCAGCCAGCUGGACUUCUUCUCGCGCCUCGGCUACGAAGUCAUCGCCCCGGACCUGGCCGGGCAUGGCGCCAGCACCGCGCCCCAGAUCGCCGCCGCGUACACCUUCUAUGCGUUGGCCGAGGACCUGCGCUCCAUCUUUAAGAGAUACGCACGCAAGCGCAACAUCCUUAUCGGACACUCUUACGGCGUGUCCUUCUGCACGUUUCUGGCACAUGAGUACCCAGAGCAGGUGCACAAGGUGGUGAUGAUCAACGGCGGGGGGCCCACGGCCCUGGAGCCCAGCCUGUGCUCCAUCUUCCAGCUGCCCUCCUGCGUGCUGCACUGCCUCUCUCCCUGCCUGGCCUGGAGCUUCCUCAAGGCUGGCUUUGCUCGUCAGGGUGCCAAAGAGAAACAGCUCCUGAAGGCGGGCAAUGCUUUCAACGUGUCCCCGUUUGUGCUGCGCGCCAUGAUGAGCGGGCAGUACUGGCCUGAGGGGGACGAGGUGUACCACGCCGAGCUCACCGUGCCCAUCCUGCUUGUGCACGGCAUGUACGACAAGUUCGUGCCCAUGGACGAGGACCAGCGCAUGGCAGAGAUCCUUCUGUUCGCCUUCCUGAAAAUCAUAGAGGAAGGCAGCCACAUGGUAAUGAUGGAGUGCCCAGAGACGGUCAACACCCUGCUGCACGAGUUCUUCCUGUGGGAGCCGGACACCUCCAAAAAAGACACGGCUGUGCUCAAGCCCAUCACCGCCAACCAGACCACCGACAUGCAUGCCCCCAAAGCCAGCAGGCCUCUAAACAAAUAGCCGGUGAGGGCUGGUAGAGCGUAGCGAUGAUGUUGUGAAAGCUGUUUUUUCUGAAAAUGGCUGGUUUGCUCUUGGUCUGCACUUCUCAAGAGGCAGAAGGCUGUUUUUUUGCGUGAGCGACAAAGUCAGCGUUUCUUGAGCGAGGCUUAGGAAGGACGCCCCCAUGUUGAGCGCGAGAGCGAGGAAAUGCAGAGACAUUACGGCUUGAGGGGAACAAGGACUGAUCCACUUCAAGGAUAAAUAUGCUGGGCUUGACUUCUCACCUUAACGUUAAAAAAUAUAACAUCUAACCUGUCCUUGUGGUGUCAAAUCGACAGGACGUAACAUACACAUAAUGUUUGUGAUUCUCUUGGAGGACCCAAAGUCACUUUCUGUGUUUGUGUGUACAUGUUGGUGAAGGACGUGGUGCAAUGAUUGUACCCCUUUGUAUGCUACUGGUGAUCCA